AGCCCCGCGAACGCCAACACGCUUUCGCGACGCCCACUCUUGCUGUAAUCCGCCGAGGCACAACACGCGAUAGUGUCCGCUUGUGAGCAACUUGCGCGCCCUUUCUCUCACGCAGUGUGAUCGUGCUUCGGUACGUGAAUGCAAAAACGGACUACUCUGUUCACACGAAACACUACGGGGAAUCUGCGGUUUGGACCUUUGAAAUAUUUCAACAGUUGGAGAGGGCUGGCCUGCCAUUCCCCCGGUCCCCGCACCCUGCCCGCGGGGCUACGUACCACCACGACGAUAACAAACACGUAGGCAAAAGGAGAUAACACGGCAUGACGGCUACGCACGGUGGAGGACGAGAAGAUGAUCGUCCGGAUAAGGAUUCCGUGUACACAAUCAAAACAGGCUUCAAGAACGAUGGAUACCAGCACGACCGCGACUCUAACGAUGAUAUCGUCAAACCCCCACCACUCCCCACCGAGGACGACAACUACCCUACAGGAAAAGUCAAACUAUCACGAAACGAAAAAUGGAGAAUACUAAAAAAUGUGGCGGCCGUCAGUGCCGCCUUCAUGGUGCAGUUCACUGCUUUCCAGGGCACAGCCAACUUACAGUCCUCUAUAAAUGCCGCUGACGGCCUAGGAACAGUCUCGCUGAGCUCAAUCUACGCAGCCCUAGUAGUUUCUUGUAUAUUUGUUCCUACGUUCCUCAUCAAAAGACUAACGGUAAAGUGGACGCUAUGUUUGUCCAUGCUUUGCUACGCGCCUUACAUCGGGGCGCAGUUUUACCCAGCUUUCUAUACGCUGGUGCCGGCUGGGGUCGUUGUGGGCCUGGGGGCAGCACCCAUGUGGACGUCGAAAGCAACGUACUUAACUCAAGCCGGUAGUGUCUACGCGAAACUGACUGAUCAAGCAGUUGACGGAAUAAUCGUGAGAUUCUUCGGCUUCUUCUUCCUUGCUUGGCAGACAGCCGAGCUAUGGGGAAACUUGAUCUCCAGUUUAGUCUUCUCAUCAGGGGUACACAACUCGAACGUUUCGAUUGACAAUUCAAGUAGUACCCUUCUGAAGUGCGGAGCCAACUUCUGCGUGAUUGGCGGUGGUCACCACGACAAUCAGAACCUGCACCGACCCCCAGACAGCGAGAUUUAUGAGAUCAGUUCCAUCUACUUGGCUUGCGUGUUGGUUGCUGUGCUCAUGGUCGCGCUUCUAGUCGACCCACUUUCUCGUUACGGAGAAAAACAAAGGAAAUCGGACCCAUCGAAGGAGCUCACCGGCAUCCAACUUCUGUCGGCUACUGCCUAUCAGCUCAAGAAACCCAACCAACAACUCCUAAUUCCUAUCACACUCUGGAUUGGCAUGGAACAAGCCUUCAUUGGUGCUGACUAUACCCAGGCAUACGUCUCGUGCGCUCUUGGUAUUCGCUCUAUCGGCUACGUCAUGAUCUGCUUCGGUGUAGUCAACGCCCUCUGUUCUCUGGUCUUCGGGUCCGCCAUGAAGUACAUUGGAAGGUUCCCGAUCCUCGUGAUGGGAGCGGCUCUCCACUUGGGCCUGAUCGUGUGGCUCCUAAUCUGGAUGCCCAAUCCCAAUUCUCCAACGGUUUUCUUCGUGAUCUCCGGUCUUUGGGGAGUCGGGGAUGCGGUGUGGCAGACGCAGAUUAACGGCUUAUACGGAGUUCUGUUCAGACGGAACAAAGAGGCGGCAUUCUCCAACUAUCGCCUGUGGGAGAGCGCUGGGUUCGUAGUCGCCUACGCCUACUCCACGCACCUGUGUGCACGCAUGAAGCUGUACGUUAUGAUGGUGGUACUCCUCAUUGGCUUCAUGGGGUACAUCGUGGUCGAGAUUCUACAUAAGAGAAAGACUCGUCGGCUGAAGGCGAUCGCCGAGGACCCCGCCAUUGCCGCCGAGGCCGCCAAGCAGCCGCCCGAAGAGGAUGACGAAAAGGACGAGAUUGACGACGAAAUUGAAAUCACACACUUGUAAACCAUCACGCGGUCGGUUAAGGCGACCAAUCACGAUCCGCCUAAAACUGACCAGUGCCACGAAUCGCGGAGAUAGGCGGUAAUUGCCAUUCACAGGCGAAGAUGAUGAUUUUCAUUCAUAAAUGAAUCUCGACGAUGAUCGCCAUCCAAAACGCCUAAACAGAAACAGCGCUGUCACGCUUCACAUAAUUUGCCAUAUAUCAUUAUCUACAACAAUUUGGUAGGUACAAAUUUAACAUGUUUAAUGAGCAGACAUAUUAAUUGUAAUCUCGAGUAUAAUUAGAUUUAUUAUGUAUCCAAUAGUUUAGAGACGGGAGACGAUUUUGAACAGUUAAAACAGUUCUGAAGUACAAAUCUAACUGUGGCCGUGGAAAGUGUCGAAGUUAUAGCAAGAAAUUGAUCAAAAAUUUUAUUAGUGGAUUCGCACUUCUAAUAGCAUAUAAUUAAUAUUAUUAGUAUGUUAUGUUUAAUAAGUUUUGUUUCAUUUUGUUUUGGCAUCUCUGUGAUCGAAGAAUUGUAAAAUUGUAAACGCGAAAAGCACUUUUAGAAGUUUUUGUUUUUAUUAAUAAACAAGACGAAUGAUGAUUCUAUUUAAGGGUGUCGACAUGCGGCAGUAGAUGCGCACACGCUUCAAUUAUUUAAACUGAACAAUGAAAAGAAACACCUGUGCACUCUGUACAUUCGCAAUUAUGUUCUUUUGUCUCUUAGUUGACCGUCAACUUUAGUUGAGUUUGACUCUUUUUUUUAGUUCGUAAUGUAAGAUCACAAUAACAUGUGAAUGUACCCAGGAAGUAAAAUAACGACCUAAAGGUAAUCCUGAUGGGAUUUUAGCAGCUCGGGUACAGGGACCAAAACCUUGCGUGUCGUCCAACUUUAAAUUUGAUUCCACAUUCGAGAUUGUUUAACUUCAUACAGACGAUUAUUAAGGAAUUAGAAAAUUAACUGAAUCGUUCAGAAAAAUCUUCAACAGAUAAAUCGAAUAAGUUUUUUUUUUAAAUAUGCACUAAUGAAAAAAAAAUGUUUUUACCCGAUGACAUUUAAAUUAAUGUGUUAUUUAUUAAAGACUUAAAAUUAUUAACUAAGUUUUGCGAUUAUUUUUGCCUUUUCUCCUAUGUAUACUUAAAUAGCUUUAAUUACAAUCUUAGCCUGUAGAAGUGAAUACUCUAUCUGGCUAAAAUAGUAAUUACGGCUAUCAGCCUCUUAAUAUUUAGUAUCAUCACAUCACAUCAUAGGACUUACAUAAAAUCGAUAUUUAUAUUUAAAGCUACUCAUUAUUAUUAUAUAAAACUGACGAAGGUAAUUCGUAUUUUACGAAUUAACAAUUUUCUAAAUAUAAUUAACUUGAUUAAAAACAUUGCCCGAAUUAUAGUUUUCAUGAAUUCUUUUUUGCAAACUAAUUAUUAUUAUCAUUGUAAGCCCAAAUAUUUAUUCAAAUAUUAAAUGUUAUAUUUCUGUACAUUUGCGCAAAAAGCUGCUCAACUAUUUUACUUGAGUUUUGCACUAAUGUAGAAAUAAGAAUUCGUAUCCAAAAAUAUUUUUAGACACCAAAUUAAAAUGUUUACAUAUCUUUAAAUUAUAAAGUUAGGACUAAUGCAGAACGCCAAUUUCUAAAUCUGUUCCUGUGCAAUGAACAGAGCCAGAUUAACUAAAUGUAAUUGCAUAUAUAUAACAAGAUUGAAUAUGAAUUUUGCUAUAGAUAAAAAGAAAUAUUUUCACAUCGUUACAAGACUUCAAAAACUUAAGUUGUGUAAAUUAAUGAAAACCUUUAAAAAAAGCAAAAGAGGCAUUGUUUACAAAUUUCGUGCAAUCAAAAUUAUCUUAGAUUUAAUGAAACCGUGGAAAACAAAACCACGUUAAAAUUAAAAAAUCAUUAUCUAAUCCUUAGUGUAUUCUAUUCCCAAUCACAAUAAUGUUUUAGUUAAGUUUAAAUAUAAUAUGAAUUAGACAAACUCUGGUGAACUGUGGUGCGUCACACUAGCAUUACGAUAUACAUUUACGAUGCUCAGUAUUUUUUGGAUAAUAUCUGUUAUUCUCGAUUAUAUAUAAUUAUGAUGAAAACACAUUAAAUUUUCUGUAGAUUGCUAUUUGUCGUCUGAUAUUAUUGUUGAUGUGAUAAUAAUAAUAAUUGUUAAAUACUUCAUACGUUUAAUAAACGUUGUAUAUUUCUAAAAGGCAGAAGCCGUAAUGUUGCGUUUUAGUGAUCGGACAUAUGAUAAUAAUUAUUUCCUUUUUAUUUUAGAAGAGAAAGAAAUUUCCUCUUUCUACAAAAUAUCGUGACAAAUUUUCUUUUUUGCUUUUUAUAAAUUACACAAUCUCAGUAGUAAUAUUAGAACUACAUAUAUAUGUUACCUAGAUCAAAUAAAUUAAUAUAAAAUUAUUGAUAGAAAAAAAAAUAGAUACGUAGGUACUUAAAAUUGUUAUCCAAUCCAUCUUAUGCUUAAUUUUGACGUAAAUUGUGUGUUUGUUGGAAUAAUUAAAGCGAUAGACUUCGAAAAGUCAAUUUUAAGAUAAUCGCGUGUGAUUUUGUGCUAAUUUAUGAUUCAAAUCAUUAAUCUAUCCGAAUAAUGGCUGGUUUCCGUAUACGUGUUAGUACCUUGUAUUUAUUAAAUUAAAAAAAAACAAAAUUGGCUGUUCGAGCUGAUAUUAACUUAAGUAAUAUCACAAUACACAUCAUUAAA